AUGGCAUCAGGGCAAUCAAGGACAAACGCAGACACCUUAGAAGACCAGCUUAGCGCUCUAGAGCACCGCUCGUUCACCUCCGUAUACCCCAUGGCCGACGGAAGCCGUACUUGGCAUGGCGGAAACCUCUUUUACACCCUCCAGGCUCAAAACGCUCUCCAAGCUCAAAACUCUCGCCAGUCUCAGAAUGUCGGGUCUAGGACGGGCUCCGUUGACGACAUAGCUGUUCCGGCUGCUGCGUAUCGUAACUAUCGCCAGCAGCACGGAGGGGAAAUCGGAGAGCAAUUGUUGACCGCGCGUUUGAAUGGUACUUUCGGCGGUCACCAGAAUCAGGCGGUGUUAUCGGGUCAGGCCGGCGGAUUUAACGGUGGAUGGUCAGACGGGAAGAACGGUGGCGGUACGCAAACAGAGGCGUUCUUCCAGGCGACUCCUUACGAUAGCGCAACGGCUUCAGGGUUGCUCGACAGUAGGCUCGAAGUUCCCCAUUUGCAGCACAACCGCAGGAACGGCGGCUUGUCAGCGGGUUUCUCGGCACGAGAAGGCCCGGGGUUUGCGCUGCAGGGAGCCGGCGAAACCCCGAUGGAAGGGGUGGAAAGGGCCUCUUCCGCCGCUGCCGCUGCUGCUGUCGCGGGCGGUGAAUGGAACGGGCAAAACGAAGGGAUACUUCAGGGUCAAACCUCCGCUGGACUCGCUUUUCAGCAGCACGGAUCCCUCGCGGCUGGCGACCGUCGGUACACGGACAGGAUUUCUCCUAACGCUAUGAACCAUGCACUGCGAUCGCCGUCGCAGCAAAGACUCCACUUUCAGGGGCUACAGGCGCCCGGGCAGACUCGGCUCGCGGCUUUCCCUCACCGGUUAUCCCCUCCAGCUGUUGCGUCUCCCCUCGGCUCGCCGGGCUGGCAGCACCGGGGGAACGACAGCCCGUCGUCUGGUAACCAGUCCGCCGGCUUUUCGUCUGGCAAGUCAGCCGCAGGGUCCGGCAGCACGGCGUGUGGAUCGCGAUCGUCGCUGCCGCCGCGGCUGGACGACGCGGACCUCACUAGCGUUCUGUGGGAGAGCCGGUCCAGGUGCAAUGUAUCUGGCGCUGGCGCUGGCGCUGGUGCUGCGAGUGCAUUGGGAGGGUUUCAGGGCGAUGGGAGUGCGCAUGGUGGUCAAGUAGGUCGAUCAGACGGCAGCGUGCACGGCGGUCAAUUGGGUCAGCUAGACGGCAGCGUGCACGGCGGUCAAUUUAUUCAACUAGAUGGCAGCAUUUACGGCGGUCAAAUCAGUCAACGAGACGGCAGCGCGCACGGCAAUCAAACUAGCCAACGGGACGGCAGCAUGCACGGUGGUCAAUUUAGUCAACGAAAAGGCAGCGUGCACGGUGGUCAAAUUAGUCAACGGGACGGCAGCGUGCAUGGUGGUCAAAUUAGUCAACGGGACGGCAGCCUGCACGGUGGUCAAAUUAGUCAACGGGACGGCAGCCUGCACGGCGUUCAAAAUAGUCAACGAGACGGCAGCAUGCAAGGCGGUCAGGCGAUUCUUAGGGAGGGAAGUCUUUAUGGCGGUCAAAUGAGUCAACUGGACGGCAGCACGCAUGGUGGGCGUCAGCUGAGUCAUUUAGGCGGCAGCGCGCAUGGUGGUCAACUGUCUCAACCGGACGGCAGUGUGCAUGGCGGUCAACUGUCUCAACCGGACGGUAGUGUGCGUGGCGGUCAAGUGAGUCAACGAGGCGGCAGCGUGCCUGGCGACACCGUUCCUGCAUACACCGACAGCCAAGCACGCAGCGACCACUUAGCCCGCCUUCGCGCUAGCAGCAGCGUGCACGGAGGCGGUUUCUACGCCAGCGGCCUUGCAUCGGGUGGUCUCUACGGCAGUGCGCUUCAUUACCCCAAGUCCGGUGCCCACAGCGUACGGGGCAGCGCCCAAGGCAGCGCACGGGUCAGCGCGCAAGGCAGCGCGCACGGGAGCAAUGAAGCCAAAACGGGCGUCCACGGUUUUGGGGACAGUGCCCAAAGAUGCAUUCCGCCCCGCGCUAGUACCGUUCACGGUGGUAACCUGUACUCCGCGAGCUUGCACGCAUCUCACAGUUAUGACGGCCGGGAUUUCCACGUCAACGGCCGUCAGCAGAGCAAUCAGCAGGACGGCCAGCAGGAAAGGUCGAACGCGAUGGAGGGCUUGCAUGGGAAGGCGAGUGCCUUUAGCGGCGUGCAGGCAGGGUUCGGGAGCAUGCACCAAGCGGGUGGGAGUGUGUAUCAGGGCGAUGGGAGCGUGCAUCGAACGGAUGGGAGCGUGCUUCGAACGGAUGGGAGCGUGCAUCAGGGAGAUGGGAGCGUGCACAGCGUGGGCGUGGGCGCCAGCGCUGGCGUCCUCGCCAAGCUGCGGCUGGAAGGCGGGGAUCGGUUGAAUGCGGUGCCAGGGAGUACGGAGGGCGCUGUGCGUGGUGGCGGCCUUUUUGGGAGUGUCUUUGGCCCAGGGUUUAGCCCUGGGGCGGGCUUUUCCAGGGGAGGGUUUUCUGUGGCAGGCGUUUCAGGGACGGGCGUUUCUGGGAUUGGGUCUUGCGAGGCUAACGAGGGUUUUGGGGGAAGUGGGUGGGAGCGAGGGCUUGGCGCUGCUGCUGCUUCUGGUCCUGCUGGCGCUGCUGCUGGUGCUGCUGGUGCUGUGGGUGCUGGUGGGUUCGACAGCCGUUCAGAUCUGGAAAAGGCGUUCACGUCAAUCCAUGGGCGUGGGCAAGAGCAAGUACUUGACAGCAGCUUAACCACAAACACGGGCUUAGUAGGAGCGAAUAGCAGCGUGAAGGCGGAAGCGCAUGCGACCAUCGGAGAGGACCUAGACUCGGAGAGAAACAGGGGCAUGGGGAAAGGUGGGGAUGCGGAAGAUGCGAAGGGCAUGGAAGGAAUGGAGGGAGCAGCGGACAGGCUAAAAGCUGACGCGGUAGCAGCAGACGCGAUAACAGCAGACGCGGUAACAGCAGUUGCCGGGGACAUGGGGUUUGAUGCCCUGGCGGAGUAUUUAAACUUCCCUGACGAUGACCCCCCGUGGUCCAGUCUUCCGGGCUGGGACGAGCUGAUGCUGGGGGGUAGUGGAGGGGCGGACGCAGGGGGAGGAUUGAUAGGGGAUGGAGUGGCUGGAGGGGAAGGAGGAUGGAGUGGAGAAGGAGCAGGAGCGAAGGACGGAGCGGGAGGAGGGGCAUGGGCAGGGGGAGGUCUGGAAGGAGGCUCGGCUGCAGAUGCUGGAAUGCUUGCUGGUACGGCAGGAGGAAGUACGAAUAUGGAGGGAACAGAGGAUGACGUCAUGUGCCGCGGGCACUUGGCACUGACUGCUGACGUGUGUGUGCGUGGGGGCAUGCUCAUGUCUCUACUGGCUGACGUCACACGGCUUGGAGGAGGGGGCAGUGGAGGAGAGGGAGGGGCGGGGCAGGCAGGGGCAGGGGGUUUUGAUAGCUUGGAUGGGGAGGGGCGGUUUGAAAGGGAAGCGGUUUCUGCUUCUGCAGAUAGCAGCGGUGCUACAACCGGCAGUGCUGAUGCGUCAGCUAGCGCUGACGCUACAGCUAGUGCUGACGCGACUGCCAGUGGUGACGUGGACAGCGCUGACGUCAGCGCUGGGGAUGAUGUCAGGGGUCCAUUGGCUCAUCAGCAGGGAGAGUGCAUUAGGGAAAUGUACAUGGGGGGCGGAAUGUGGACGCAUGACGACCAGUCAGACCUCCUCUUGCUGCUUGAGCAACAGCAACAGCAGCAACAGCAGCAACAGCAGCAGGAGCAGCAACAGCAGCAACAGCAGCAGCAGCAAGAGCAGCAGCAGCAGCAGCAGCAGCAGCAGCAGCAGCAGCAGCAGCAGCAGCAGCAGCAGCAGCAGCAGCAGCAGCAGCAGCAGCAGCAGCAGCAGCAGCAGCAGCAGCAGCAGCAGCAGCAGCAGCAGCAGCAGCAGCAGCAGCAGCAGCAGCAGCAGCAGGAGCAGCAACAGCAGCAACAGCAGCAGCAGCAACAGCAGCAGCAGCAGCAGCAGCAGCAGCAGCAGCAGCAGCGGAUGGUAGGUCAGAUGGGGGGGCAGAUGGGGGGGCAGACGGGAGGGCAGAUGGGAGGGCAAAUAGGGGGACAGGUGGGGAGACAGGUGGGAGGCCAGAUGGUGGGGCAGAUGGGAGGGCAAAUGAGAUCAGCUCCCAAGCUUCCAUCCACUGUGCUUCUCCCUGCCUGCAUGCAAAGCAAUCCAGACGCCACUGCCACUGCCACUGCAACUUCCUCUGCCACUGCCGUUGCCGCUGCCACUGCCGCUGCCACUGCCACUGCCACUGCCAAUGCCCAUGCCCAUGCCCAUGCCAGUGGUCCUUUCUCCCCAUCCUCCACCAACCAAUCACAAGCAGCCUCUCCGGCCUGCUUCUCCCCCGCCUCUGCUACAUCUGCUGCUGCUCGAGCUACAACCCAGGAACUUGGUGUAACCGCACCUACUGCUAAAGCCACUCCUUCUCAUUCCCCUCAGAUUUUCGCUCGUUCAUCCAUUCACUCUAACCGUGGUUACUACUGCACGGGAGGGAGGGGUUGCACAGGCGGCCCCUCCUGCCACCACAACCAUGUGCCUCCUGCCCUUUUCAUGAUGGCUGCUGCUGCUGCAGCCGGCACGGGGAUGAUACCCAUGGGUGCCGUGGGUGCGUACAGGCAGCAGCUGCAGCUGCAGGGGAGGCUGGUGAAGCGGGUAGAGCCUCCUGUAAAGAGGAAGCGGGGCAGGCAGAAGAAGGUUCCUUCUAAGAAUGGGCCGUGUGGGGCGACGACGAAUCUAAGAGCGCUGGUUCCUAGGUCUGGGGCAGGAGGAGCGGGAGGAGAGGGGGCAGGAGCAGGAGCAGAAGCAAGGGCAGGGGGAGGGAGAGGGGGAGGGGGAGUGGCAGCAGGUGUGGGGAUGCAAGCAGCGGCAGCAAUGUCAGGACCAGCACCGAUGCAAUUUAUACAGACGCUUCCUCCCGGCCCACCUACCUUAUUCCCGCACCAGUUGAUACCUGCUCCUGCUCCUUCCCACCUGCCAUCCAACUCAACAGGUGUAUCUGCAGGUGCUGCAACAGUGCCCAUGUUCUGGGGGCCUGUGGCAUGGAUACACCCCUCUGCUGCUGGUGCCGCUGGCGGCCCCUCGCCUAUGCAUGUGUCUGGUGGUCAUGGCAUGCCAUUGCCUCUGCACAUGCACCAGACAUUGAUGGGAGGCAUGGGAGGGAUGGGGGUUAUGGGGGGUAUAAGCGGGAUGGGAAAUAUGGGGGGAGUUGGAGGUGGUACCAUUGAAGGAGGGAUGAUGGUGGAAGGAGGGGGAGGAGGGCAUGGGGUACCGGGGAUGGUAAGUGAGGGGAGGGUGCGUGGAGGUCUGAUUGCAAGUGGAGUGCGGCAACCAGAUGGGACGUCAUGA